CGAGCGCCUGGAGGAGGUGAUCGGGAGGGAAGAAGAGGAGGAGUUGCCGGAAUUUCAGAGCGGCGCUUUUGAGCUUGACGGCAGUGAUUACUCCGCCGGCGAGGAGAGGGUUUUGGCGAGCAGGGAAUUUCUGGAUCAGUACGUGCCGGAAGGGGAGGUUCAGAGGCACACCAUGCGCGCAUUGUUUGCUUCAUUUCGAGUUCUUCAAGGAAAUCAUUUCGAAUGCCAAGAGUGGAUCGACGAGCCCGUGCUUCUGGUGACGCGAUUCGAGUAUGCAAAUCUUUUUCACACGGUUACGGAUUGGUAUAGCGCUUAUGUGAGUUCGAGGGUUGUUGGCUUGCCUAAUCGACCUCAUCUGGUCUUCGUCGACGGGCAUUGUAAGACACCUUUGGAAGAGACAUGGAGGGCAUUGUUUUCAAGUCUUAAAUAUGCCAAAAAUUUCAGCACACCGGUUUGUUUUCGCCAUGUGAUCUUCUCGCCCCUAGGAUACGAAACUGCGCUAUUCAAGGGUCUGACCGAGGGGAUCAAUUGUCAUGGAGGGUCUGCUCAUGAUCUUUGGCUUAAACCUGAUGACCAAAAAACUGCUAGAUUAUCUGAGUUUGGAGAAAUGGUUAGAGCAGCUUUUGGGUUCCCAGUUGACAGACAAGUCGAAAGGCCACCCUCAGUUCACAACAUUCUCUUCGUCCGCCGUGAGGAUUACUUAGCCCAUCCCCGUCAUGGUGGUAAGGUUGAAUCCAGACUUAGCAAUGAACAAGAAGUCUUUGAGUCUUUGCAGAACUGGGCAUCUAGUCACAGAGAGUGUAAAGUAAACCUGGUGAACGGGUUGUUCGCACACAUGUCGAUGAAGGAACAACUCCGAGCCAUCCAAGACGCCUCGGUCAUUAUCGGGGCACACGGUGCAGGUCUCACUCACAUAAUAUCUGCCUUACCAAAAACGGUGAUCUUGGAAAUCAUUAGCAGUCUAUUUAGAAGGCCUCAUUUUGCAUUGAUUGCUCAGUGGAAAGGCUUGGAGUACUACGCCAUUAAUCUCUCGGGAUCACGUGCCAAUCCAGAAGUCGUUGUCGACCACCUUUCGCGCAUCAUGACGAGCCUUGGAUGCUGAAAACGAUUUUCGAUUUCUGAUAUUAAUCUCUCUAACUAUUAGGAAAUGAAAGAAAAUCCAGCACUUUGUAUCUACAAAUACAGAUGCUCCCAUUUUGAGUUGACAAGCUCCGAGUUUGAAGAGACCGAUUCACCCUGUAUCUAACUUGCCAUAGACUUGGCUCGAAGUACGAGCAUACCAACCAAGGUCGACGAUGAAAGAUUCGGGCUAUUUAAGCUUCAAGAAUGGUAUGUAUUCUAACACUUCAAUCCCCCUUUAAGUUUAAGUUUAGUACAUAGAAGAGAUCAAUUAGCAUUCUUUGAAAACAUCCCUUCUCUCUAGAUUGCAUUGUUAUUUCCAUGCUCUAUUGUCUAUAUCGUUAAUGUUCAUAUAAAGUUUCAUGGUAUAUUUAUGGUUGAA